AUGUUCAACACAACAACGACCAUUCACGGCCGACCGCGUGGCCAGCUCACACCACAAGAGUACUUCACCUUUCGCGACGACAAAUGGUGGCCUGUUGAGCCACCACCAACACCAGCCUCAACAUCAACACAACCCUCUACAACACCCAACCCCUUCCGUCUGUCAGUCUUAUCAUGGAACAUCGACUUCAUGCGCGACGAAGACGACGCGCGGAUGAGUGCUGCUCUGGACUAUCUCGGGACAUACAUUGCCGGCAUCCGUCGUGACAGCGGGGACUCAGCCCCUGUGGUUGUGAUGCUGAACGAGAUGACGGCUGGGGACCUCCGGUUGAUCAAGUUGGCGGGUUGGAUUCGCGAGGGCUAUGAUAUCACGGAUGCGACUACGGUGGAUUGGGAGUCUGAUGCUUAUGGCACCACGAUGCUCAUCCCACGCAACUUCUCCAUAUCGUCCGUUGCACGACUCCAUUACACCAUUACCGCCAUGCAGCGUGACGCGCUCUUUAACACCACACCUACCGAACCGGGUCCCCGUCCGAUACUCCGGCUAUGUACCACCCAUCUAGAAUCCCUCGCCGCCAAACCGCCCAAACGCCCAGCUCAACUGGCUGCUGCGGCGGAGUAUCUACGUGGGGGUAAGACGGGCGGUGGUGGUAAGGUGUUGGGGGGGAUCCUGGGCGGGGAUUUGAAUGCCAUUGAAGCGUUUGAUAAGACGCUGCCUGAGGAGUGUGGGUUGAAGGAUGCGUUUUUGGAGAAUGGUGGGAAGGAAGGUGAAGAAGGGGGGAUGACGUGGGGCCAAAUGGCCGAACCCUGGCAGCGGGCACGUUUCGGCCUAGGUCGACUGGACAAGAUCCUUUUCUGCGGGGAAGAAAAGGCGUUGAAACUGGUGGGGUUCAAAACGUUUGGACUCGGGGUCACGAUCACUGACCAGCAGGCUGCUGAACGGUUGUUGCAGCGAGGCAGCCUGGAGCAACCGUGGGUGACGGAUCAUUUGGGGGUGAGAGCUGACUUUUUGGUGGAGGUGCCUGGGAUUGGGGAUCAGAAGGAGGAGGCAGGUUAA